AUGUUGCCUGAUCAACUUCUCCUGGAAACUCUAUUUCUGUCGCGCAGGGUUUCAAAAGGGAUGAGAUAUAGUAUUGAGGCUCGCCGAAGAACACUAACGAUGCCUCCAAAACGGGAGCAAAAGAAGGAAACGGAGUCGUUGACUGGAGUUAUAGUGGUGGAUUCAUAUGAUCCACGUUUUGCCCCGCUAUCACCUACGAUUGGACCAUGGUGUCUUCAACCCAUUUGUAAUGUGCCUUUAAUUGAUUUCACCUUGUCAUGGAUAAUGCGAACCGAGGUUCGAAAAGUUAUGCUUGUCGUAUCAGAAAAGAAUGCGCCAUAUUUGGAGAAAGUCGAAAGGCAAUGGAAACAUUGUUUUGAGUCUUUAUCUGUAAUAUCUUGCAAAAACGCAAUGAGUGUUGGCGAUGCGUUGAGAGAAGUGGAUACUCGAGGAUUACUAACGGGUGAUUUCUUGCUGAUUUCAAAUCCUGCAACUUUUACUUCAUCUACUCUUCGAGCUCAAAUAGCUGCCUAUAGGGAACGACGUAGAGAAAAUAAAAAUAACGUUAUGACUGUGAUUUACUCGGACCUCAAAACUCCCAAAAAUGCUGUUGUUGGUAUUGAAAAGACGACGAAGAAGCUGAAAAUCUACCACAAACAAGAAGAUCCCACUCAAUUGGAUAUCGAUAAGCCCCACUUCAUCGGAGAUACUGUCAUACGUCGAGAUAUCGUUGAUAGCGGAAUUGCAAUAUGCUCAUUGAAUAUUUCGGCUCAGUUUAGCGACAAUUUUGAUUUUCAACAUAGAGAUGACGUUAUUAGGGAAAUUCUAGUCAAUGAAGAAAUACUACUGCAGAAUAUUCAUGUUGAAGUACUUCCAGCCUCUGAGGCUGCGCUUAGUGUCACUGAUUACUGUUCACUGUUACUUAUAAGUAAUCUUCUUAUGGAACGGUGGUUUUAUCCAUUGGUGCCUGAUAGAAUGACAUGUGAGGAUUGUUGUGGUUUCAACGCUUUGCCUGGUAAUGUAUAUGUAGCUGUUGAUGAACAAGAUUUUGGGAGAUUGUCGCCAGUAGGAAGUGUUUGCAAACGUGCUUUCAACACGACCUUCGGCAAUAAAUGUGAUGUGCACGAGUCAGCUAUAGUCAGUUGUUCAACUAUUGGACGGGCUAGUCAUAUCGGAGCAGAUAGCGUUGUUAUAAACUGCAUAGUGGGUGAAAAUUGCGUGAUCGGUGCAAACUGUCGUCUUGAAGAGUCCGUAAUUGGGAAUGGUGUUUGCAUACCAGAUGGAACUCAACUACAAAAGUAUUCCGUCAUAUCAGCCGAAGUUUCUUACCCUGCCGGUAUGGAUCUACCUGCCAACUGCGCCUUAUGUUCAUGUCGACCUCACGAAGAUUUUGAUGAAACUAUCAAGUGCAAGGCCAUCAAGGAUGUCCACAUUUGGACGCUCGCCAGUGGCGGACCUUUCUGGACUGUGAAUGGUCGAAAGGCUGACUCAGGGAAUGGAAGUGUAGGCGAUGAGAAUGAAGUUGAUGUGGGCACAGAGAGUGAAUCAGGUGAACCAGCUGAGUUGGACGCAACUGCGCAGUUUUACGAGGAAGUCGCCGAAAGCAUGGAGAGGAUUCAAGGCUUUACAUUCAGUGAUCAGCAGAUGCAUAAUUUAAUACUUGAAAUCAACUCGUCAAAGCUUGCUUACAAUAUAUCAAUGGAAGAUGUUGCUAAAUAUGUGUUCUCCGCAUUCUUAGCUCUCCCAGGAAAUGAGACCUGGAAAGGUUUGAAAGAACUCUGCAGUAAAUGGAUCUUGUUAUUCAAAAACUAUUAUAAACCAAAGAAAAGCCAAGUGCAGCUAUUAUUGGCGAUAGAGGAACGAUACAAAGAGAGCCCUGAGGAAUUUGGUGUGAUGAUUGCGCGACUGGUGCAUUUUUUGUACAACGAUUUAGAUGUACUAGAGGAAGAUGCUAUUCUGGAAUGGACGAGUUCAAUAGAUGAGAGCUCUGAAUUAAACCGAAUAAUGAAACCGAUCGUUGAGUGGUUACAACAGGAUAGUGAUGAAGAUGAAAGCGAAGAAGAAUGA